UUCCUCCUCAACUGUCACAUUGUCUCUUCAGCAUCCAUCGUCAAUACCCUGCCGGGCAUGUCCGGUGAACUCCCGUUCAAACUUGAAACCGGGUACCUGGGGGUGGGCGAUUCAGAUGAUGUGCAGCUCUUUUAUUACUUCAUUGAGUCGGAGAGAAAUCCCAAGGAAGAUCCUCUAGUGCUUUGGCUCACCGGAGGUCCACUGGUAUUUAACUACGCAGAUUCUAGUGGGAACCAACCAACUUUGUUGUUAGAUCCAUACUCAUGGACAAAGCUUGCGAAUAUAAUAUUUUUGGAUCAACCUGUUGGUACUGGAUUCUCAUAUGCAAAAAGUUCUCAAGGAUACAUGACAGGUGAUGCAUUAUCAGCAGCGCAAACUUAUGAAUUUCUAAGGAAGUGGAUUAAAGAUCACCCUCAAUUUCUGAAAAAUCCACUAUACAUUGGUGGUGAUUCAUAUUCAGGCAUGACCGUUCCCAUCAUUACUCAAGAAGUGUCCGAAGGAAAUGAGGUUGGGCGUGAACCACCAAUGAAUCUCAAAGGUUACAUAUUAGGCAACCCAUUUACAGAUCCAACAUAUGACGUGAAUUCACGAUUUAAAUUUGCUCACAAUAUGGCCCUUGUAUCUGAUGCACUCUAUGAGGUUGGUUGGCCUGGUUGCGGGGCAAUGAUGGAAGAGGUCGGUUUACUGUUGGAGAUUAUCUGGAGGCUUCGAUUUUUAUAGGAGUGGUGUGCAUUGGUCUUCUUCUUCAUAUCGAACUCCAGCUCUCUCUCUGUUUCAAUCUCUUUCUCUAAUUCUCAGACAUGGGUACUUUCAAGCCAUCUUUCCAGCUGCGCUUCAUCCUUCUUCUCAUCGCACGGGUUUAGCUCAAAGGGAUUUCUAGGUUUCGAAAAAAAAGGGAGGAAGAUCUAAGGAAAAAGAACUGGAGUAAUCAAUAUGCUGCUCAUCAAUCUGGUAAU